UCCAAGAUGGCAGCGAUCCCAACCCGGAAGUGUCAUACUGGCGAAGUUUUUCUUCUGUCUCUUCUCUCUUUCCUGGGACUGGUUGCCAUGGCAGCCACGUCUGACAGUAGACAGCUGUUUGAAGAGUUCGUGGUGAAGUUUGGGAGGAAAUAUCAGUCCAAGGAGGAGUAUUGGAGGAGAUAUCAUAUCUUCAAGGAGAGUUUGUUACGCCAUCAGCAGCUGAACCACGACAGGACGGACGGUGGCGCUCUGUACGGGGUGAACCAGUUCUCUGACCUCACACCCGCAGAAUUCCGUGGUUUUCACACUGGUAAUGUCACGGGUAAAGGUCCAGUGCAGCUUCCGUAUGACUCUCACAACUUCUUGAAGGAUCUGAGUGACGUUCCUCCGAUUUGGGACUGGCGCAACAACAAGAUGGUCACAGCCAUCAGGGACCAGGGCAGCUGUGGAGGAUGUUGGGCCUUCAGUAUUGUGGAGACAAUUGAGAGUCAGUGGUCCAUUGUGGGACACCCCCUAGAGGAAUACAGCGUGCAACAGGUGUUGGAUUGUGACCGUACAGCUGGCAGUCAUGGCUGUAGAGGAGGGGACACCUGUAACGCCCUGUCAUGGAUGAACCAGACGACUGCCAACCUGGUUCCCAAGAAGGACUAUCCCUACACAGGGAAGGACGGAGAAUGCAAAUUUUACACCAACACCACGGACAGUGUUCACCUCACUAACUACACCUGCAGAGGUUAUGAGAACCAUGAGGAUGAGAUGGUGCGUCUGUUGCACGACCACGGUACGCUGGCGAUUAUCGUGGAUGCCACCAGCUGGCAGGACUACCUGGGCGGCAUCAUUCAGCACCACUGCUCGCACGACUACAACAACCACGCCGUGCAAAUUGUGGGCUAUAACAUCAAGGGGGACGUCCCUUACUUCAUAGUGAGGAACUCCUGGGGUUCGCGCUGGGGGCUGGAUGGAUACCUGCACAUUAGGAUAGGCAGCAACUUGUGUGGUGUUGCAAACCAGGUGUCGACUGUGUCUGUGUAAGAAAGGGGAUAGAGUUCAAAUACUGUCAAUGAAUCUAUUUUCUCGGGGACUUAGAUCUAAUAAUGUGGUAGGACUGGGGAAAGGAGGUUUUUGCCAUGUUUAAGUUUGCACUUGAAAUCAUACUACAGAACUGUUAUCAUAUAGUCUGGAAAUGCAGAUUCCAUAAUGUUAGCAUGCCAUUAUAUGUUGUACAUAUAUGCCUAUUAAAUGUAAAUGGAUGUAUAAGUUGUGUGUAUAUGAAAGAGUACAAUGCAUUUUAAAAAAAAUUUGUAUUUUUUUGGCAAAACAAAAAUUUUGUGCCUUUACUCAUAGGCACAAUGAUCCCUGUUCUAUUAGCUAUAUUCUACUCAAAUGUAGCAGGGAAAGUAGUUGGGAACAUAAUGUUGACUGUGGUCAAGGUUGUAAGAAAGAGACAUGUCAUAAGAUUGUGCAUUUAACUGCAUAAACAAUAUAUAAUCAAUAAAGACAAGAUGAUUCAGAAAGUCCCCAGCCAACUUCAUCAUUUAUUUUUCAACUUACUUCAGAUCCAUCACCAAAACAAAAAAAAGUUUUUAUGACAAAAAGUGGAACGUUUAAAAUAACACUGUUUCCGUUAUGCCACCUAUUCGCACUUUUGGUCCAUACACCACAUAAAGGCACUGGAUUAUAUUUCACUUUGUAACAUGCAUGAUAAUUCUAGAUCCCAUUAAAACCAUGUACUGUAACACAAUAGUUCAUUGCUGGUGUUAGAAAACUAUGUUUAAAGUACAACUUAAACUUAUGCUGAUAACAAGAUUGGCAAGACUAUUUACAACAAAGUUGACACUUAGCAAAAUGGGGAAAAUGUUACACCCCCACAGCACGGAUGGAAUGUUCCUGUGCGUUAGUCAAUUUGGCAGACUUUGGUUGGUCACAUAUUUGGCAACUUUACACAAUCAAUAAAAAGUUCACACUUUAUUGUAAGAUAUUGCAUAAGGCUUCACGUUGCUCUAAACCAAGUGACUUAGGCCACACCAAUUUAAUUUCUUGGUUAAC